AAUUAAUGAAUUAAUUAAUUCUAGAAUCCAUUGACAAGUCUUCUGCAAAAUAUCGAAAGAAAGUUAUUGACACUCCGAGGUGAAAUAUAAUAUGCUGUGCGCAAUAUUUUCAUCUUGGUAGAAAUUUUUCCUCCAAUUAUAUAUAUAUAUAUUCAAGGCCAAGAAACUUCGAGGAAAGAGAACAAAGCUUUAACUUCCAAGCUUGUUUUUCUUUGGAAAAACUGAAAAUGAAGCUUCAAUGAAAUAAGAGGUCGAGGACUGGCGACGUAAACGCAUGGAGUGAUAGCAAGUUCUGGCAAAAUAUUUAGUUUGCUGUAACAACAGGCAAGCAAUGCCACAUCAAAACAGUUCAGUAAAAAUGACUGUUUUUGUCGACAGUUAGGAGGACAGCGAGCAGAGUUUUUAAGCACCUGGAGCUCUUCAAGGUUUUGAACUUUUCGAUUUCACUGGGAAUUUAUAGUGAGUUUCCCAGUUCAGAUAACUGCUGAAACUACUAGAUAGGAAUUUAAUUGAUUGAUUUCUGCAUUCGGUCCCUCUUCUGUAGGGAAACCUGCCCGGUGAUAAACAAACGUAGACAUAUAAAGACAAGAAAAUCCGAGCAAGGACUUGAGAAAUUCAUGACCGAAACCCAAUCCCAGGGAACUGUUUCUGUCCAGGUGCAGGUAGAGCUGAAACUCAUUCACAACCUUCAACGUAAAUAUUUUGCCUGGCUCUGUGUCGAAAGGGAGAAAAAAAACCACUGAUCUGUGAAUAAAUGGCUAACGAGAUUUGGACAAAUUUAUGUUUGAUCCUUCAGGAAAAGCAAAACUGGUUAGGGAUAAACGCAUCAAGUUGCAGAGCUGUAUCUCAAGGACUCCUAUACAUCCACAAGUUCUAUAGAACAAAAGUCAUUCACUGGGAUCUGAAGGGAAGUGUUAAGUCUAGCUGUAACGUAGCUAGCUUUCCUUUUUUUUUUUUUUUGGUCUUAUUUUCUGCAUGUUAGUAGCUUCAUUUUCUUUUGUUAGCUUAGUUUAAUUACUUAAGUUAAAGCAUUGACAGUCCUAUUAACCAAUGCAUGUAGUUUUGAAGGUUGCUUGUGACACUGUACAAGCUUUUCAUCUUCUUACUUUUUCUUAGCUUAAGUUGUAUAUGUACUUCUGGUUUUAGUCAAGGAGAUUAAUAAGUUUUUCCAGCAAUCUUUUCUUAUCCAACUUCAUUUGCUUUUUCAUUUUCUUAAAGAAACUUAACAGAAAGUAAUAUUUUGCUGGAAUGAAGUUAAGAUUUCAAACUUUGGAAUGGGAAGGAUUUUUGGCAUCAAUCGAACAGAAGGAAAUGUCAAUCGUGUUGUAGGGAAUCAGUAUGCCACUCUUUACAAUUUGUUUGAUCCUGGUACCAAACAAGCAACUUUUCUACAGCUUUUAAAUGAACAUCAUUCAAUAUUGUGCAUGCUAUUGUUGCAGUGGCUGCAAGUCUCCUGAAUAUGGAUCUUCUAGGCAAUUUUCAGGGAAAUCAGAUGUCUUUAGAUUUUUGGAGUCUUCUUGUUGGAGAUAGUGAGUGGAAGGGUACCAUAAGCUUUGAUCUCAUUGUGCUACCUUUCAUCCCUCUUAUCCCUCGAACUCAUGAAAUUUACUUGGGAUUAUGAAGCUGAAUAUUGAAUAAGAUGCAAGCCUUAGGUGUUGAACUUGAACCAACAAGCCACCUACGAUUUUGUUAGGUGUAUCGGCGAGGCAGUGCUUCUUGGUUAAUUUGAUAACUAUUGAAAUUGUUGCCUGUAACUUUUAACUUGUGUCAGAUGUUCACAUCAAAUUGCCUGUUAAAAAUGGACCAGAACCAAGUUAACAUAUCAUAUAUGCUAAGUCAGAAAUUUUAGGUGACUUGCUUGUCUAUGAAUAACCUGCUUCCUCUGCCACCAUAGACUUGUCUAUGUAUCUUAUAUGUUAACUUUAAUUUCAUUCAGAUUAAGUUAAUUUCAGCUUCAACAACCACUCUUUUUCCACUACAGUACUCUUCAACAUGAUUCAGGAGUAGGACCAGUCAAACAAUGGCCCAUGAAGGUUCAACUACUUGGAGCUGUUGAAAGUUCAGAUUUUUUUAGCGUUGACUAGAAAUUGUUAAAUGGGUAGUCCUCUUUGGUUUUACAAGUUUGUUGACUCGGCCAUUGCUCUACAUUAAAUGUGACUUCUUUAAUCUGUAGCUACUGAUUGUUAACUAUUAAGUAUAUUUUUCCUGAAAAUUUAAUCUGUAGCCAUGAUUGUUAACUACACUAUGUGGUUCAUCUUCUGUGUUAUUCUCUUCACAUGUUUUUCUCUCAAUUCUCAUCUUUCUCUUGCGACCGAAAGAAUUUCUGCAGAUCAGACUCUAACGGGUGACCAAACUGUUUCCUCCGAAGGAGGGAGCUUUAUACUCGGUUUCUUCAAGCCAGGUAACUCCCCAUACUACUAUAUAGGCAUUUGGUACAAUAUAGUGUCUGAACAGACCGUAGUUUGGGUAGCAAAUAGAGAGAAACCAGUUCUUGAUAAAUACUCAUCGGAACUAAGAAUAUCUAAUGGUAAUUUAGUUCUCGUCGAUGAGUCUGGUAUUGAAAUAUGGUCAACAAAUUUAAGCCCUGUGACUUCAAAUUCUGUAGAAGCUGUACUUUUUGAGGAAGGAAAUCUGGUUUUAAGAAAUUCUUCAGGGCCUAAUUCAUCGGAGCCACUAUGGCAGAGUUUUGAUCAUCCAACUCAUACGUGGCUCCCUGGUGGUAAGCUUGGAUUGAAUAAAAUCACCAGAAAGAGCUCACGUCUUACUUCAUGGAAAAACAACGAUGAUCCUGCACCAGGUCUCUACUCUUUAGAGAUUGACCCCAAUGGAGCCAGCCAAUACUUUAUCAUUUGGAAUAGGUCUAAAAUUAUGUGGACUAGUGGUACUUGGAACGGACAGAUCUUCAGCUUAGUUCCUGAGAUGAGAUUGAAUUAUAUAUUUAAUUUUAGUUAUUUCAGCAAUGCCCGUGAGAAUUAUUUCACCUAUUCUCGGUACAAUGAUUCCAUCGUAACUAGGUUACUGGUAGAUGUCCAGGGGCAGAUUCAGCAACAAUCAUGGUUAAAGGCCGCAAAGCAAUGGAAUUUGUUUUGGGCUCAACCAAGGCUACAAUGCGAAGUAUAUGCCUACUGUGGGGCAUUUGCCAGCUGCGGUUUAGAGCAGCAGCCUUUCUGCCAUUGUUUGGAAGGUUUUCGUCCAAACUCAAUAGACGAGUGGAACUCAGAAGUUUAUACAGCUGGGUGUGUGAGGAAAACCAGUUUGCAGUGUGGGAAUUCCAGUGAUGCUAAAAGGAAGAGUAAUAGAUUUUUGGAAAGUCGCAGCAAGGGAUUGCCUGGAGAUUCAUGGACAGUAGAAGCUGGGGAUGCACAGGAAUGUGAAUCAACUUGCUUGAAUAAUUGUUCUUGCACUGCUUACGCUUAUUCUGGCAGUGGCAACGAUGGCGUCAAUUGCUCAUUUUGGUUUGAAGAUCUUUUGAAUAUAAAACAGGUUGCAGAUGAAGAAAAUUAUGGAAAAACUCUCUAUGUCAAGCUUGCGGCUUCUGAAUUUUCAAGUUAUAAUAAUAGAAAAAGAACAGUUAUCGGGGUAAUAAUAGGAUUGGGCUCCGUGGUGAUACUAGUUUUCUUUUGCAUGUCUCUGUUUCUGAUCCUAAGAAGAAUGAGGAUGGACAAACAAGAUGAGGUAUUGGGAAGUAUGCCUGAUAUCACCAGCACUACUGCUACUACUGCAAAUGGAGGAGGACACAACAAUGCACAACUAGUUAUAUUCAGGUUUAAGAGUAUAUUGGCUGCUACAGAUAACUUUUGUCAAGAAAAUAAACUAGGAGAGGGUGGAUUUGGCCCUGUCUACAAGGGGAAUUUUCCUGGUGAUCAAGAAGCAGCCAUCAAAAGGCUUUCAAGACAAUCUGGGCAAGGACUAGAGGAAUUCAUGAAUGAGUUGAAGCUUAUUGCCAAUCUGCAACAUAAGUAUCUGGUUAGGCUCUUAGGUUGUUGUGUCGAAAGGGACGAAAAGAUACUUAUAUACGAGUACAUGGCCAAUAGAAGUUUGGACAAAUUUCUUUAUGAUCCAUCUGAAAGAGUAAAACUAGUUUGGGAUAAACGCCUCAACAUUGCAGAAGGUGUAGCUCAAGGACUCCUAUAUAUCCACAAGUUCUCCAGAUUGAAAGUAAUUCACAGGGACCUAAAAGCAAGCAACAUUUUGUUGGAUGAAGCAAUGAAUCCCAAGAUUUCAGACUUUGGAAUGGCUAGGAUUUUUGGCAUCAAUCAAACAGAAGCAAAUACCAACCGGGUGAUGGGGACUUAUGGCUACAUGUCUCCUGAAUAUGCAUUUUCUGGACAAUUUUCAGAGAAAUCAGACGUGUUUAGCUUUGGUGUGAUCCUGAUAGAGAUAGUGAGUGGAAGGAGGAACACAAGCUUCCAUCGCAGUGGACUUUCUUUCACCCUGCUUAGUUGGUUUUUUGGUUUCUAAUGUCAAGGCAUGGGAACUAUGGAAAGAAGGGAAAGAGGCAGAGUUGAUAGAUGCAUCAAUUAGAGAUACCUGUAACCUUAAAGAAGCUGUAAAGUGCAUCCAUGUGGGGC